AUGACCAUGCAUAUGAUACAUGUGUAUGCUUUGGUUUCUAUUCUGCCACUAGCACUUUGUGUUAUAAAAGAUGUUGUUUAUAUUGUUGACAGAUCAGGAAGUAUACAAGAACGGCACUUUGACGAAGCAGUAGAAUUCAUAUACAACGUCACAGAAUUCCUAACCAUUGAUGAGCAACACCUUAAAGUAUCUGUAAUGACGUUCUCCUCUGAUAACAGACUUGACAUUGCUUUUGAUUCGUACACAAAUAAAACAGAACUUCUACAAAAAAUCAACAACUUGAAAGGAACAAUAACAAAUGGAAAUACACAGACAGGAAUGGCUAUUAAUUAUACCCAAUCCACAAUUCUUACAACAGCAAAAGGGGCUAGGUCUGGAGCUGAAGUUGCAGUUAUCGUCAUGACUGAUGGACAGUCUUCCGGAUAUCCUAAACCUGAAACGGAAGCUGAUAAUUUACGAGCAGAUGGCGCUGAUGUGUUUUCGUUGGGGAUAGGUUCUGCUCUCUCUGCCAGUAAUGCUGAACUGAAGGGAAUAGCAAGCGAUCCUGAUUCGUACUAUCUGUUGUACGUGUCAAGCUUUGUAUACUUGUGCAAUCUAGUUCCUGACCUUGUUCCGAAAUUAGAAAGCAAUAUUGCUGCUACUUUACUUUCCGACUGCCCAGAAGAUCCUGUAAUUGCUUCGAUGGACUACACCUCAACGCAUGCAGAGUUACAUACAACAGAAGCAGACUUAACAACUACGCAUCAAGUAUUAUUACCAACUGAAAUGGUCCAAAACACAAGUCUUGUGUUAGCUCCAGUGGAUCCUAAUUUUGGUUCUAAUGCUGUUAUUUUGGAUCCAAGUAUCGCCGCCUUCAUAACAACAACAGCUCUUCAUUUUCUAAAGAAUAUACUUAAUUAGAACAUUGUACAGAAAUCUAAAAAGGUUUUUUGUACCUUUCUUAUACUGAUUCUAUACUGUAACAUUAUUCUGUUUUUUCGUCAACUGUUUUAUUCUUAAUUAGUAUUUUGUACAUAUUUUCCUUUCAAACAUAGAUAUUCUUAUCAUUCUUUCAUCAUGUACAGUAAGGACGAAUUUAAAAGGCAGUGAAAAAACAUUAGUCUCAGAAAGAAAUACAUACCUAAGAUGUUUAGAUACGAACAACAUCAAAACACAACAUUCGACAGAUUAAACGACACGAACUAAAACCCGU